UACUUUUUUAACUUUGAAUUUUCUUUUUUUUGUCUUAACUGUUUUUUCCUUUGAAUUUUCUUAUUUGCUGUUCUGCAAUUUGCAUGGUAGAUAUUUUUGAUAAUUCAAGUCCACUAUAACUAUCCAAGGUCCACAAUUCCCAGACUGGUUCUAAUCAAUCUUCAAAAUCAAGCAGAAAGCAAGCAAAUCUCACCGUUUUCAUGGAAAAAAGACACUGCCAUGAAAUCCCAUGUUCUUUUUCUUCUCUUCUUUUUUUCCUCCUCUUCUUAUCACUUCAUUUUCCCUCUUCAGUUUACACUCUUCCCAAAGAGUAUUUCAUCAGCUGUGGUUCCAACACUACUAUUUUUUCCGCUGGCCGGAACUUCACCGGGGACUCAAAUUCUGGAAAUUCUCUUUCCUUCGCCAUCGAAGGGAAGAGCAUCACUGUUAAAGAUAGCAACAGGUCAACGAAAACACCACCCCUGUAUCAAACAGCUAGACUCUUCAAGCAAAAAUCAUUUUAUGAGUUCGAAAUCAUUAUCUCUGGUACUUAUCUGGUACGUCUUCACUUCUUUGCUUUCUCAUCCGCAGAUAAUCUAUCCGCAGCUCAUUUCGAUGUUUCGGCUUCUGGGUUUUCAUUGUUGAAUAAUUUCACUCUGAAAAAUAGUAUCAGCACUUCUUUAAUAGAGGAAUUCUUUCUUAGUAUCAGUAUAGGCAAAUUCAGCAUAAAUUUCAUGCCUCAAGGAUCAUCUUUUGCAUUUGUUAACGCUAUAGAAGUGUUCCUUGCCCCAGAGGAUUUCAUUCCUAAUGAUGCUCCACAUAUCAGUCGUGCAGGAAGUAGUAAUAGUAAUUACGAGGGCAUACUCUCUAAGGCAUUGCAAACAAUUCACAGGAUCAAUGUUGGUGGGAAAGACCUCACACCGGAGAAUGACACUUUAUGGAGAUUUUGGGUUCCAGAUGAUAGUUAUAUUUAUAUGCCAGCCACUGCCAAGAGCAGCACUUUUCAUUCAGAUAAGCCUAAUUACCUGGAUGGAAUAAGCGAAUAUAUAGCCCCGGAUCUUGUCUACCAGACGGCCAAGGAGAUGAAUAUAAGUAGUGAUGGACCUUCAAAUACCUUCAACAUAACCUGGUCAUUCAAUGUCAGUAAAAAUGCUAGGCAUUUUGUUCGGGUUCACUUCUGCGACAUAAUUAGUAAAACUCUUGGUGUUUUAGUCUUCAAUCUCUUUAUUUAUAGCAACUUCAGCAUUGUAAUUGAUCCCUAUGACAAAACUGGCCAACUAGCAGCUCCUUUUUAUUUUGAUUUCGUUGUGGAUUCUGAUGAUUCUGGAGUUAUGAAUUUUAGCAUAGGCCCUAGAGCUAAUUCUGAUGAAAAAACUGCUUUUUUGAAUGGCCUGGAAAUUAUGCAGAUUGUGGGAGAAUCGGGUUCAGUAUCAGGAACACAUAAGCCCAAAAAGACUCGUAUCUUUGUUGUUGUUGGUUCAAUUGUUGGAGGUUUGGGUCUCAUCGGCAUUUUGGCAGUUGUUAUAGGGUUGUGCUUAAGAUACAGGAAACCAAAAACAGUAGAAAAUUGGGAGUGGUCACCAGUGGCUGUACAUAGAAGGGGAAGUUCCCACAAUAGGAUGCCUGAGGGAAGCGUAAUUGGCUCCCGCGUACCCGACUUAAACCUUGGAUUAAAGAUACCUUUUGCUGAAAUUCAAUUUGCAACCAACAACUUUGAUGCCAAAAUGAUAGUUGGUAAGGGCGGAUUUGGUCAUGUCUUUAGAGGAACUCUGAGGAAUGGAAUAAAAGUUGCUGUGAAAAGAAGUCAGCCAGGAUCAGGCCAAGGCCUUUCAGAAUUCCAAACAGAAAUUAUGGUGUUAUCCAAGAUUCGCCAUCGCCACCUUGUCUCCCUGAUUGGGUAUUGUGAUGAAAUGUCAGAAAUGAUAUUGGUUUAUGAAUUCAUGGAAAAGGGUACAUUGAGGGAUCACCUGUAUAACUCAGGUCUGCCUUCCUUAUCCUGGAGGCAAAGGCUUGAAAUUUGCAUUGGUGCAGCAAAGGGUCUUCACUAUCUCCAUAGAGGUUCUGCUGGGGGGUUUAUUCACCGAGACAUUAAGUCUACUAACAUCUUGCUUGAUGAAGAUCUUGUUGCUAAAGUUGCUGAUUUUGGCCUUUCAAGAAUAGGUCCUCCUGAUCAAACCCAUGUCAGCACAGGUGUUAAAGGAACUUUUGGUUAUCUUGAUCCUGAUUACUUCAGGACCCAACAAUUGACAGAAAAAUCUGAUGUCUACUCAUUUGGUGUAGUGCUUCUUGAGGUUCUUUGUGCAAGACCAGCUAUCAAUAUCUUGCUUCCAAGGGAGCAAGUAAAUCUAGCUGAGUGGGGGAUGAUUUGCAAGAAAAAUGGGACACUUGAACAGAUUGUGGAUCCUUCCAUAAAAAGUCAGAUUAAUCCCAACUCUCUAAGAAAAUUUGCUGAGAUAGCAGAGAAGUGUCUGCAAGAAUAUGGUGCUGAUAGGCCUGCUAUGGGAGAUGUGCAAUGGGACUUGGAGUAUGCAUUGCAAUUGCAGCAAACAGCGACAUGGAGAGAGCCCCAUGAGGACAGUGCAACUGAUGCUUCAGCCAUGUUAGGCUUGCCUAACAUUCAACGUUUUCCAACUCUCAGCAUGUCAGUGGAAAAAGAUGAUAUGCCUAUCUUGAGGGAGGACAGUGCAAACAUCUGGGCAAGUGAAGUUUUCUCCCAAUUGAGAAUUGAUGAUGCCAGGUAAUAGAUAUGGAUAGUGAGGUAAACAUACACAACAAGCUUAUUUUGCCUCUCCAUAAUCUGUAAAAUUUUUCCUUUUCUGCCUUGUUCUUUUGAUCUUUUAAAUUUUCUUUUUGGCACCUAUCUUGGGUUGGAUUAACGUUGCUCUGAAAUUGUAGAGUUGUGUUUGUAAUGGCAGAAUUGUAUCAUAAGCAAUAAGUUUUAUGAAUUCUAAGCUUCUUUUCCCCGUGGAAAACUAUGCUCACUUUCCAUGCCUUGAGACAAUGUUUGAAUUGAAUCAACAGACAAUUUUUCUGCUUAGAAA